AUUUCGUGGAGUACAGUUCGGGAAAUCUGUAAUCUUGCAGAGAAAUGGCGGCCAAAAAAGCAGGCACGGAGCUUGUAAAAAGUCUUGCCGAAUUCGCUGGCAAUUCUAAAGGAUUUGACAGGAUUAUGAAAAUGAUCAAAAUCACUGCCGGCGGUGAUGGACGAGUUGUUGGAGAGUUCACAGUUGGCCCGGAGCACUUGAAUCUUGGGGGCACUCUCCAUGGAGGUCUGACAGCUUCAAUUGUGGAUAACAUCACCACUUACGCAUUAAUGUCCAAGGGGGCCCAUCCUGGAGUUACAGCCAACCUAAAUGUUAGCUACAUGGCUCCCGCAAGGGUGGGAGAUCUGGUGGAGAUCGAGGCUACCACCAUUCGAGCAGGAAAGACAAUGGCCUAUUUGGAUUGCGUUUUGAGGCUUAAGGCAGAUGGAAAAAUACUCGCCAAAGGUGGUCAAACCAAGUAUAUUAACUUUGCCAAGGAAUGAGACCUUACUAGUCUAAUUACUGGUCAUUUCUCCCGAAAUUAAUUAGAUUUUUGUAUUUCAAAUACAAUUUUUUGAAAUUCAAAUAAAGAAAAAUCAAUAAGUGAAAUUAAUAAAAAAUCAUUGAGAUCACAUCUUCGAGA